AAGUGGGCGGGCGGCGGCGGCUGCGCGCGGAGGCGGUGGAGGAGGUGCUGGGAGCAGCCGGGCAGCCGCUUCCCGCCCCCGAGCAGGAGCCGGUGCGAGCGGAGCACAGCCGAGGUCGGGCCGCGAGCGGAGCCGGCCGAGCGGGCGCCGAGCUCCCGCCAUGGCCCGGAACACGCUGUCCUCGCGCUUCCGCCGGGUGGACAUCGACGAAUUUGACGAGAACAAAUUUGUGGACGAGCAGGAGGAGGCGGCGGCGGCGGCGGCGGAGCCAGGCCCGGACCCGAGCGAGGUGGACGGGCUCCUGCGGCAAGGGGACAUGCUUCGGGCAUUCCAUGCAGCCUUGCGGAACUCUCCUGUCAACACCAAGAAUCAAGCUGUGAAGGAGCGAGCCCAGGGCGUGGUGCUGAAAGUGCUCACAAACUUCAAGAGCAGUGAGAUUGAGCAGGCUGUGCAGUCACUGGACAGAAACGGCGUUGACUUGUUAAUGAAGUACAUUUAUAAAGGCUUUGAGAAGCCCACAGAAAAUAGCAGUGCAGUGUUACUCCAGUGGCACGAAAAGGCCUUAGCAGUAGGAGGACUAGGCUCCAUUAUAAGAGUUCUUACAGCAAGAAAGACUGUUUAAAAAAAAUAAAAAGACUCAUGUUACCUUGAGAAGAAUUCUGGAUGCCCAGGCUGGUGAAGAAGGGAUUGACAAUGGACCAUCUUCCUAGGAACUCCCAAGUAAACUAUUUCAGGACAUGUAUCUGCUGAAAUGUAUUUUAUUUUCAAGGUGGAGGGGAAAAUCGUCUGUUUCCUAAAUCCUGUUUAGGAUCUGAUAGUCUAUGCCUUUGUCUCCGAGUACUGCAGAACUGACAUUUUGACUGUCUACCAGAGUGGCGGCUGGUGUUGGUCAGAUGCACCUGUGUGCACUGGGGGAGGGAUGGUUUGGGCAGGUGCAGAUCCAAGGGCUGUGGUAAACGGGAGAGCUUGUGUUUUUGAAGUGGAAAAAAACCCAAGAGUUUGUACAGACAUCCUGUCUUCCCAGAGAAGGUGGACACUCUUGGGCUCAUUGUAAAGUGCCUGCUGCAUCAAUAAAGCUCUUGGCUUAUUAGUCUAUA